CAAAUUUGGAAAGAUGCACUCAGAUCGUGAUAAAGAUGCUGCAGAAGGCAGGUUUAGCAGCAAUGCCUUCCAAGGCGUUAUUCGAGAUAAGACUAAGAGAUUCUUCGGGUUUAAAACCACUGGAAAGUUUCAGAAUGAUCGAUUUAAGUCUAAACAGACGGAUCUGUUUAAGAAUUUUCAUGAUAGGCAUUCUGAUGAUCUUGAAAACCAAGAGGGCUCGUUCUUAAAAUCUAAGGAUAAUUUCGAUCCUGAUAAUCUUUAUGGGUCUAAUAAAAGGGAAAAGCAUGCUUUACCUCCAAGAUGGGUUGAUCACGAGGAAGAAAUUGAAGAAUACAUCAUUGAAAUCAAAGAGACUCUGCUCAGAUUUGAAAAAGAAUGUAACAGGGUAAAACGCCAUGAGUACAUGGUUAAAGAAGAAGUCCCCAUCCAAGCUAUUGAUAGACUCAAUUCCAAAAUUAUCAACCUGAUUAGGAAGAGUGAAAUAGGUCUGCAUGACAUCAAAUCUAUUGACCUUGAAGAUCCUGUUGACCGGAAGGUCAAGGAUAACGUUCAUUAUUCCUUAGCGAUCAAGCUGAAGGACUGUACUAGCAAAGCUAAUAAAAUCCAGAAGGAGUUAGUUGCCUAUAUGGAGUCCCAUUACAAUCCUGAGGAGCAGGCAAAACCAGGAAAUCUACUCGAUGGGUUCGAUGAUGAUGAAGAAGAAAUGAAUCAACAAGAAGUGAUGCUUGAGCAAAUGAAGCAAGCCAAGGAUGAAGAGAUUGAAGAUAUGGUCAAAGCUGCGAACGACCUCGCAUCUCUCUUUAAAGAACUCUCUGUCCUGGUCAUUGAACAGGGAACUGUACUUGACCGUAUAGACUAUAAUGUAGAAACAGCAUUGGUGAAUACCAAGAAGGGUAGAAAGCAUUUAGUCAAAGCUAAAGAAUAUUCAGAAAGCUCUAGAGCAAGGAAUAUAAUCCUUUGACUUGCAGCCUCAAUUUUGUUUUGUAUCGCUUUACUGAUUAUCAAGAAGUACUAAUACGUUUUGAUAGAAGUUCAUUCAACACA